AGAAUGACACAUGAGAAUGCGGAAGAGCAUUUGGGGCGUGUCAGCUCGUCAAUAAUAAAACAAGCGCUGGACAGUGAAGUCAGUCUGUUACUGAAAGACUCCUGAUCAUCCCAGCACUGGAAGGAAAGAGCCUGUUAACACAAGACACAAUGGCAUCAUUAACCCCUCUGUCCAAGGCCAACACCGGCUUCGCUCUGGCUUUGCUCAACAAGCUGAGCGAUAACGACAAGACCGCAAAUGUCUUUUUCUCUCCUUUUAGCAUCUCUUCAGCCCUGGCUAUGGUUAUGCUGGGGUCUGGAGGCAACACGGCCAAACAGAUGUCAGAGGUCCUCAGAUUCCGUGAGGCAGAGCAGCCACAGCAUGCGGGAGCACAGCAGAUGAUGCAGAUGCAGCAGCUGGUCCACUUCAAGCUGCCAGACAUGCUGGAGUGUCUGAAAACCAAGGACCUUCAGGAUGAUGUCCACACUAGCUUUGCCCUCCUGCUGAACAAGCUCAACAAGCCAGACGCUCCGUACGCCCUCAGUGUUGCCAACAGACUGUACGGGGAGCAAUCUUACCAGUUUGUUGAGGGAUUCCUUGAAAAAACCAGGAAGCACUACCAUGCAGAGCUGGAGUCUGUGGACUUCAGCAACAGCUCCGAGGCAGCCAGGCUCAACAUCAACAGCUGGGUGGAGAGCCAGACACAAGGUAAAAUUAAGGAUGUGCUGGCCGAAGGUGUGGUUGAUAACAUGACCAGGCUGGUGCUGGUAAAUGCCAUCUACUUCAAAGGCAACUGGAACAAGCAGUUUCAGCAGAGUUCCACACAUGAUGCUCAGUUCAAACUCAACAAGAAUGACGCUAAGCCAGUUAAGAUGAUGCACCAGAAAACUAAGUUCCCUUUGACCUACAUCCCUGAAGCCAACUGCCAGAUUCUGGAGAUGCCUUACAAAGGGAAGGAGCUCAGCAUGCUCAUCUUUCUACCUAUGGACAUAGAGGACAGUUCAACUGGUCUUGAAAAGCUGGAGAAGGAGCUGACUUAUGAAAACUUUGUGGAGUGGACUCGUUCAGACAUGAUGGAUGAAAUUGAGGUCCAGGUCGGCCUGCCUCGGUUCAAGAUGGAGGAGAACUAUGACAUGAAGGAUGUCCUGGUCAGCAUGGGCAUGGUGGAUGCUUUUGACAUGAUAAUGAGUGACUUCUCAGGCAUGUCUCCUGCCAACGACCUGGCGCUGUCAAAGGUCGUCCACAAGGCUUUCGUGGAGGUGAACGAGGAGGGAACCGAGGCUGCUGCUGCCACUGCCGCCGUCAUGAUGCUGCGCUGUGCACUUCGUCCAGCCACCUUCAUUGCGGAUCACCCCUUCCUCUUCUUCAUCCGACAUAACCCCUCCAUGAGCAUUCUGUUUGCUGGCCGUUACUGCUCCCCUGAGUGAGGACUAUAUCACUGAGAGCAGUUUAUCUCAACUGGGGGGGGGGUUACAGUAUAU